UUGCGAUCUUUCUAAAUAUGGCGGUUGAUCCUAACUUCGUAACUUUUGUCUUACGAUCAUUCGUUACGAAGUUCCUUCGUUCGCCAGGAACUUUGCGAGCUGCUGGCUUGCGGUUAUCAACUGUCCGCGCUAGUAUGUGCAUGUGAAUAGGAUCAAUGAAGGAUAUUGGCCGACAAAAGAGACUGGAUAUUCGAAAUACACAACCAUCGGCGAAGCGAAAAUGUCUGCGUUAGGACAGCUGGGUGUCACGCAGUUGUUGGUUGUCACCGAUCCCCGAGCGAGGCGAAAGGCGAACUUCAGCCGCGCCGAAAUCGACGCGUUGGUCUCGGGAUACAAGACGUACAGACCUCUGAUUGAGCGGCGAUGUACAGGCGGCUCCAAAGACAGAAAUCAGGCUUGGGACUUGAUAACCAAGUCCCUGUUCGCUGUUUCUGGUGUUCGCCGGACAGCGGCAGAAGUCAGAAAGAAAUGGGCGGACUUGAAGUCAUUAAGCAAGAAAGGCGCCAACUGUGGUGUUACUGCUGGGAACCUUCUUGCUGAGGCUUCGUUAUUCAAUAAUCUCAACGAAUUUGUAAUAGGGAUGCCCAUCGAAGAUUGCUUGCUCGGCAGCAGCACAGAAGCCCCAAGUAGCACAGGAACUGAAGAGCCGAGCGAUAACUUGAAUUCUAAUGCAGAUGUCAAGGCAGAGCCUCCCAGCUCCCCAGGAGAGGUGUCCUGUGAUAACAAAUCAAAUGAUCCAGAGCCAGAACAUGAAGAUGAAGUUCCAUGCAAUAGCAGGUCAACCCAGACAACUGAGCCAAGCUCACCAAGUGAAAGACAACUAUUUGAAGUAUCUGGAAGUCCCGACAUGAAGAAAAUGAGAGUGGGUGGCAGAGAUGAAGAAACGAGUGAGUUGCUGGAAACGCAAAAGGAGAUACUUCACGUGCUCAAGCGGCUUGCUAAAGCACAAGAAAGGCUCGUUCAACUGAAAGCCUGGAAGCAUGGUGUGAAACUGACUGAAGAUGGUAUUUCUUAUGAGCACCAGACUGCAGAACACAGCAGGAAAAAUGGUCUCCAAGGGGCAACACCAGCUUCAAUAUCGUGACCUCCUUCUCGUUUUUUUUUUUUUUUCUUUCAUUCUUCGACUUCUAGCUCCCAUGGUACAAAGUUUGACUGUGCUUCAUAGCGUAACAUGAUCUCAUCUGUUGUAUGGUGGCAUGUAUAGUAAAUGUGCAAAGGCUGUAGUCGCCCAUUUUAGUGAUAUCGCCUUUAGCAAAUGCUGAUUGGCUAAACAAGUGGGCAGUGGGCCUGUAGCUCCAGUUAGGUGUUGCUCUGAAUGCUCUCGUCAGGAAAAAAAGUCUUGAAAGUGAUCGCUCAUGUACACGAGUUCAGUUUCUUGCAUAAACAGCUGCCUGCAUGAAGUGUGACAUGUUUGCAGCCUUUACAAACUUCACAAUGGAACAUAUAAUUGUGGGUCUGACCAAAAGUAAAGUGAAAUCUGUUACGGCACCAUCUGUAUUAUUCAAAAAGAGACACCUUUCUUUCACUUUUUUUGCUAAUAAAUGACAUUUCCCUAGCUGAAAAAUCUAUCUGCUGUGAGCAUAAGGUUGCGAGCUCGAUUUCGAGGUACAUUCUAAUGGAUAAAAAAUGCAGGAAUGCUCAUGUACCUAGCAUUUUGCACUAUUCUGUCUAUUAUACUGUGUUUUGCCUCAGAUGCUGAAUGCCAUUAGUCAAUCAUUGUAGGCAAGAAAUGCAGAUAGCCAGAGUUUUGGGAAGGUAAUCUACCAAACUAGGUUGAUUUUGUGCUUCUCAUUAGUUUCCCUCUUAAGAUCCAACAUCUGAUUAUUGCAUUUGAUAUGUGCCAGAUUAAUAUAUCCUCAUUAUGUGUUGUUUAUUUCUGUGUCAAGCAAAUAUAAAGUUAAUUAUCCUAAAGAGGCUAAUCUUUAUGUGCAGUAUUUCGUGUUGUGGUAUUGCUACCAGUGGGCUGUAACUAGUAUGCAAAUCGUACACCUUUGGUCUGGAUCAUCACAGAUUACAUAGCCACUGCUAAGACUUACAUUGUUGUAUCAGUGCGGGAUUUUGUGCGACUUGGUUACAAAGCAUGCUGGUUGUUUUGCCUCUGAAAAGUGUUAUCUUAUUCUUUAAUCUCUUGUGUUUGAGUUGAAAGCAGCAUGUUUUGCCUCUGAAAAGUGUUAUCUUAUUCUUUAAUCUCUUGUGUUUGAGUUGAAAGCAGCAUGUUUUAUGUCUCAGUAAUCGUGUGCCUAAACUCAGCAUAAGUUCGCAUGCAAAUUCAAAUUGAAUGCAAUUUUGUCUUCUGUCUAGCUGGGUCUCUCAUGGUUUGUAACGAAGGAAAUUUCGCGCACCACGGAAUGGAAGCCACCAUGAUUAUUGUAUUGUUCUGCAGCACACACAGCAUACGGGACUUGUUGUGAUGACUCAGUGUCUAUGUAAAUCUGGUGCUAAGCAUGAAGUCACUCAUUUGAUCCCCUGCCGUGGUGAUUGCAUUCCAGUUGAGGCAGAAUGCAAAAAUACACAUGUUUCGGUGUGCACUAAGAAAUCCCAAGAGGUCAAAAUUAAUCCAGAGCUUGUCCCUACAGCAUCCCACACUGUGACUUCAAGUCAUUACAUCCCAAAAACAAAUUUUUAAACUUUAUUUAACACAAGGUCACAAAGUGCAGCCACAGAUCCACAUAGAGAGUGGCAAGUCACCUGUCCAAUUGGCAGAGCAGAUUUCACCUGACGUUGAAGUGUAUCCAGCAAUAUCUUAAGGAUACCUGUAUGACGUUUCCACUUGUCUCUUGCAUCAUUCAGCACUAUGCAAGUUGUAGACAUUUCGAUCCUGAUCCCCUGUAUGCAGAUAAAUGACAGUUGUCUCACUGUGUUAUGAACCACAAUGAACACUGAGUUGCACUUUUUGCACUCUUACCUCUUUCGUUUGAGACAUCCUCUGUGGACAAGUCAUGUGGUGGCCUAGACUGCAACACUAAUAGCUGUGAUGCGGCAGUGGCCACUGGUUUAACGUGACAUUUGGACACAGCUGUCCGAGUGUGACUUGGCUUUCUGUUCAAAGCCUGUCCUUUGGGAGAAACUGUAUAGUAUAAAUGUGUAAAAUGUGGAGGUUUAAAAGGACAGAAGGGGCACAAGUCUUUCCAAAACAAAGCCACAGUGAAACAGUAUGAAAAAAAAAAGCCUGUAAUUGGUGUAAUAGUACAUGGUCAAUGAGACUUCAUUCUUCAAGGGCCCAGUGGAAGAAAAACCAGUUACAGCACAGUUACAGCUCAUAUCUGUUAAAUGAUAGUGCAGUAUGCAUAAUUAAUUCUUCCACCAGGCUUUCUCAUUCCAGUGGUAUGAAUUCCUUGCUGAAAGGUCUCUGAAACUCAACAGUUACUCAUUGCAAUAUUUGCACAUAAGUGUAUCACAAGAUGUAUUAAGGAUACUAUAGUAGAUGCUAUCUGCCAGCGUUAACUUAUGGGGCUGCAAUUUGGAGGAUAGCUAAGAAACUUGAAUGCAAGGUGUGCAUACUGUGUGCACGAUGCAUGGGCAUCAACAACAGCAAAAAAAAAAAGUGUUGACCCUUAGUAAGCUGCUAAAGCACCAUAAGCUUUGUCACUGUCAUGCUCAAAUUUGCACUUUGUCAUUGACAUGUUAGAUGAGAUAAGUUGUGACAAAUUACAGCACCAGUUGCACGAGGGACAAGGCUUGUGUUGAAGAGCUUUGUGCAAGAACUUGCUGUCUGCUUGUCCCAGAUUUUACCUUUGUAAUCUACAUUUUAGUUCUGCAGCCAUGGCAUGGACGGUGACUGCGUAACUUCACUAGUCCAGUGUUGACUUGUUCGAUGGCAUUUGUGAUACUUUUUGAUGUUUGUAGAGUUGCGUGUGUGUACCAAACAUUUUUUUCUCUGUCGCAUCCUCAUAUAAGCUGUGCACAUAGUUUGCGUGCACACCCUUCACUGUCAUCCCAUUAUAACACCUAUUUAUGCAGCAUAUUUUAAUGUCCAUGCAUGUUACGUCCAUAGAUCAUGUAUACAAAUUUAAAUAUAGAAAUAAAAGAAUGGUUCUCCUCA